AUGAAAUAUAUUUUGUCUUUAAUUGCUGUUUCACUUUUUAUUUCUUUUUCAAUUAUAUAUGGCGACAGUGCAAAUUUUACAUUCUCCAAAAAUUGUUCUGGAGAUCCACAAAAUUGUCAAUUUCAAUUUACAGCACCUGAGGCAUUAAUGGAAUCAAUAGACGAAGGUCAAUUUAAUCAAACAAUAACGCGUUUAGAGGCAGGUUUUUCAAAUUUAACUAGUAAUAUUGGAAUAUUGGAACAAGUAGGAAAUGAUACAAUUAAUUAUUUAAAUAAUGUAACAAGUAUUAUUAAUAACAAUCUUGUUUCCAUAAAUUCAUCAAUUACAACUAUUUCUGGAACUAUUACACCACUUAAAAAUAAUAUUCAAAACAUGACAAAUGAUGCUUCAAAACUUAUAGAAGCUAUGAUAUGUUUUCUUGAUGGUAAAAAACCAUCAUCUUUGUGUUACUAA